UAUAGUUACUACGAAACGAAGAAAUCACUCACUCACUCACUCACUCACUCUCACCAUGGAAACAGCUUCAACUGGACCUCCUCGUCCUCGCCUUCCCACUCCUCCAACAACAACCCAACCAAACACCGACAAAAUCAAGCAAAAGCUCCUCCACAAGGGCGUCUACCCAACCCCCAAAAUCAUCCACACCCUCCGCAAAAAACACCUCCAAAAAUCUCUCCGCAAAUCAAACCGCCGUCUCGCCUCCCAAUCCCAAUCCCAACCUCCCCUCACCGACUCCCAGAAACAAUCCAUCGCCGAAGAAUCCCAUUUCCAAACGCUAAAGGCCGAAUACAAAAACUUCACCAAAUCGAUAUCUGCGAAAACCAGAGACGACGAUGGUGUUCUUCCGAUGGUGGGGAAGCCUUGGGAGAGGCUCGAGAGGGUUCAAUUCAGAGAGCUUUCGAGUUCGAGUAGAGAGUAUUGUGGCGAUAAGCUCAAGUCUCAGCCCUUGAGAGAACUGAGUGAAAUUCUCCAAAAGGGGUGGCUUUUGGACAACGAUGUUGUAUUCGAACAAGGUUCGUUGAAGGGUGAAAGGAAAAUUUGGGCCCCGCCGAAGCGCAGCGAGGCGGAAGCGAUUCGGUUUCUUGUUGAUAAGCUUAGUGGUAUGGAGCUUAGUAUGAAGGACUGGAAGCUUUCAUGGAUGAUGAAGAAGUCAGGGCUACAGUUUACUGAGGGUCAGUUGCUAAAGAUUGUUGAAGGACUUGGUGAUAAAGGACAGUGGAGACAUGCAUUGUCUGUUGUGGAGUGGGUGUAUAGCUCCAAAGAACAUAGACAUUACAAGAGCAGGUUUGUAUACACAAAACUAUUGGCAGUUCUUGGGAAAGCAAGGAGACCUCGUGAAGCUCUUCAAAUCUUUGAUUUGAUGCGUGAAGAUUGCCAAAUAUAUCCUGAUAUGCCUGCAUACCACAGUGCCGCUGUUACACUUGGUCAAGCUGGUUUUCUGAAAGAACUACUGAAAAUUAUUGAAUGCAUGGGGGAGAAACCUGCUAAAAGAAUAAAAAAUAUGCGCCACAGGAACUGGGACCCUAUUCUUCAACCUGAUGUGGUUGUGUUUAAUGCUGUACUGAAUGCUUGUGUUCCAACCCAUCAGUGGAAAGGUGUAUCUUGGGUGUUUGGGCAGUUGAGAAAGAAUGGCCUAAAACCUAAUGGAGCAACUUAUGGACUUGCAAUGGAGGUAAUGCUACGAUCCGGAAAGUAUGAUCGUGUACACGAGUUCUUUGAAAAAAUGAGAAGAAGUGGGGAAGCUCCAAAAGCGCUUACUUACAAAGUUCUGGUCAGAGCCUUUUGGGAGGAAGGUAAAGUUGAUGAAGCUGUUAAAGUAGUCAGGGACAUGGAACAAAGGGGAGUGUUUGGGAUAGCCUGUGUAUAUUAUGAGCUUGCUUGCUGCCUUUGCAACAAUGGGAGGUGGCAAGAAGCUAUGCUGGAGGUUGAAAAGCUAAAAAAGCUUCCUCGUACUAAGCCUUUGGAGGUUACCUUCACUGGCAUGAUAAUGUCUUCUAUGGAUGGUGGAUGUGUCCACGACUGCAUCUCUAUUUUUCAACACAUUAAAGACCAUUUUGUGCUUGACAUUGGCAUCAUAAAUGCCAUACUCAAAGUUCAUGGCAGGAAUGAUAUGUUUUCAGAAGCAAAACAGUUAUUUGAAGAUAUCAAGAGAGCUAAAUCUGAUUCUAACCAUAGCUUGGAUGGUUUUGGUUCUUCCCUUAUCCCAGAUGCAUACACUUACAGCACAAUGCUUGAGACUUCUGCUAGUGCUCUCCAAUGGGAGUACUUUGAGUAUGUCUACAGGGAGAUGGCUCUCUCUGGGUAUCAACUUGAUCAUAGUAAACACACAUCCCUGCUUGUCGAAGCCUCCAGAGCUGGGAAGUUUUAUUUGUUGGAACAUGCAUUUGACACCAUGUUGGAAGCUGGUGAAAUACCUCAUCCAUCUGUGUUUACUGAAUUGAUAUGUCAAGCAAUAAUUCAACAUGAUUUUGAACGAGUCGUCGGCAUAAUCAACGCUAUGGCUCAUGCUCCAUUUCAAGUUAGCGAAAAGCAGUGGACAGACCUGUUUGAGUGUAAUGGAGACAGGAUCAGUGAGAAGAGUUUGAAGGAACUGUUGGAUGCUCUCAGUAAUUUUGAUUUACCAAUGGAAGCCACUGUAUCAAAUUUGUCAAAAUCAUUGUUAUGUUUCUGUAGAUCCAACAAUUGGAGAGAGAUUUCAAGUCCAGUUGCUUUUGAUGAUGUGUCUGUGGACCAAUCACCUUUGGUUGGUAAUAAUGGGAGAUUAGGUUGUGAUGAAAAUAUAAAUGUGCACAAUUUUUCAGCAAAUACUGUUGAAGAUGAUUCUGAUUCAGAUGAUAUAUUUAGUGUUGGUCAGAGCAGUAACACAGAGGAUGAUGCUGAUUCAGAAAUGUUUUGGUUCUCAAGUUACGACUCUAAUGAAGACCGAAAGGCUAACCUAUUCACCAGCCUUGAGGAUUUGACUGUUGAUAUGACAUCUGAGGCAUCAGCUGGUUGUGAUGACAAAUUCUCAAAUCAGAUCAAAUAUGGAAACCUAGACAAUGAAGAGGUAGAACUUGACGAGCCAACAGGCAAAGUUGGCAACUGUCGCAACCUACCAUCUGCGCAUGAAAUUCUGGAAUCUUGGAAGGAAAGCAGAAAAAAGGAUGGCAUGUUCUGCCCCUAUCAGUUUGGUGGGAAAUAAGCGCAAUUCGUUUCAUCAUAACUCAUCGGAUGAACAAAGCUACAUAGUAUGUGCAUGUGUCAUGGUAUUUUUGUCAACUAUACAAGCAAGGAUGGAACUAGGAGAACACUAUGGGGGCCAUGACCCCUCUGUUUCUCUGAACAUUAUUGUUUGUCAUAAUUUUUUUUUUAAAAAA